CUCAGAGGGACGGCGGGCGGGGGUCCCGGCAGGGAGCCCAAGGACUGACGUUUCCCAGCUGCGCCAUGGACCAGCCCGAGCCGCCCGCCCCUGCUCCUGAAGACGAGGCCACGAAGCGUGAGUCCGUGGACACCGAGGACGACGAGGGGGAGCAGUUCGAUUUCGACAGCGGAGAUGAGGUUCCGGAAGCAGACCGACAGGCUGCGGACGCCCCCCCGGCCCGGAGCGCGGGCGCAGACGCCCCCUCCGGCUCAGGAGGUGAGGUUGGGAUGGGGACAGACACGGACGCCCCGGCAGAACCCGCCGCCCUCCAGGCCCCGGCGAGAGUCAACCCCUACUCUGUGAUCGACAUCGCGCCCUUCCAGGACGAGCAGCCCCUGCCCCUCGAUGCGGACGCGGAGGAUGACGGCGGGAGCCAGCCGGUGCCCAGCGGGUACUCGGUGCCCGUGCCCUGCGGCUACGCCGUGCCCUGCAGCCUGCCGCUGCUCCUGCCCGCCUACUCCAGCCCCGUCGCCGUCCGCGCCGUGCCCGCGCACGAGGAAGAAACUCAGGAAGCAGCAGAAGACAGCCCGUUUACUUCCUUACGUUCCGAGGAUCCAGCAAGCAGCGACGACCGGGCGCACAAGGAGGACAGUGCCCUCGCCCGGUGGGUUGCGGACCCGGCCAACACGGCGUGGAUGGAGAAUCCAGAAGAAGCCAUUUAUGAUGACGUGCCGAGAGAGAAUUCGGACUCCGAACCAGAUGAGAUGGUUUACGACGACGUGGAGAACGGAGAGGAAGGCGGAAACAGCUCGGUGGAGUGCGGCUGGAGCUCCAGUGAGUUCGAAAGCUACGAGGAGCAGAGUGACUCCGAGUGCAAGAACGGGGUCCCCAGGUCCUUCCUGCGCAGCAGCCACCGAAAGCAACUCUCCCAUGACCUAGCCCGUUUCAAGGAGCACUAUGAGAGCAAGAUGAGAGCUUUGAUGGCCACCGCGGUGGGGGCCGCAGAGAUUCAGCAGCUAAAGCAGAGGCACGAACGGAAGAUGCAGAAGCUUAUGAAGGCCGCCAGGGAGGGCACGAAGGACGGGCUGGAGAAGACGAAGGCCGCGGUGAAGAGGGGCCGCUCCCUCAUUCGGACCAGGUCCUUCAUGGCUGCAGAUCACAGAUCCUGUCUUGAAGAGGAGCAGAAUUUAUUUAUCGAUGUUGACUGCAAACAUCCGGAAGCUGUCCUCACCCCCAUGCCUGAGGGUCUGUCUCAGCAGCAGGUUGUGAGAAGGUACAUCCUGGGCUCCGUGGUCGACAGCGAGAAGAACUACGUGGGCGCCCUGAAGAGGAUUCUGGAGCAAUACGAGAGGCCGCUGUCGGAGAUGGAGCCCAAGAUGCUGAGCGAGAGGAAGCUGAGGCUGGUGUUCUUCCGCGUCAAGGAGCUGCUGCAGUGCCACGGCCUGUUCCAGAUCGCGCUGGCCGGCCGCGUGGCCGAGUGGGACUCCGUGGAAACCAUCGGGGACGUCUUCGUGGCCUCGUUUUCCAAGUCCAUGGUGCUGGACGCCUACAGCGAGUACGUGAAUAAUUUCAGCACCGCGGUGGCAAUCCUCAAGAAAACGUGUGCUACAAAGCCUGCGUUCCUCGAGUUCUUAAAGUGCCAGGAGUCCAGCCCGGACCGCGUCACGCUCUACAGCCUGAUGACGAAGCCCAUACAGAGGUUCCCGCAGUUUAUUCUGCUGCUGCAGGACAUGCUGAAGAACACGUCCCGAGGCCACCCGGACCGGUUGCCCCUUCAGAUGGCGCUGACCGAGCUGGAGACGCUAGCAGACAAGCUGAACGAGAGGAAGAGAGACGCCGACCAGCGCUGCGAGAUCAAGCACGUCGCCAAGGCCAUAAACGAGAGAUACCUGACCAAGCUUCUCAGCAGCGGGAAUCGGUACCUCGUGCGGUCGGAUGACAUGAUCGAAACCGUGUACAACGACCGGGGAGAGAUCGUCAAAACCAAGGAGCGCCGUGUCUUCCUGCUGAGCGAUGUGUUGAUGUGUGCCACGGUCAGUGCACGCACCGCGGACAGCACCGCCCUCGCGGCCCCCGGCCGGAAGUACUUGUUGAAGUGGAGCGUCCCUCUCGGACACGUGGACGUGGUAGAGUAUGGCAGCGGCAGCGGCGCUGGAGAAAACCGGUGUCCCCCCGUGCACCCCCCAGAGAGCCUGGCGGUGGUCGCCAACGCCAAGCCGCACCAGGUGUACGUGGGGCCCGGCCAGCUCUAUCAAGACUUACAGAAUCUGCUGCAUGACCUGAACGUGGUCGGGCAGAUCUCGCAGCUCGUCGGGAGCCUCCGAGGGAACUACCAGAACCUGAACCAGUCCGUGGCACACGACUGGACGUCGGGGUUACAGAGGCUCAUUCUGAAGAAGGAGGAGGCGAUCCGAGCCGCGGACUGCUGUCGCAUCCAGCUGCAGCUCCCGGGGAAGCAGGACAAGUCGGGGCGGCCCACGUUCUUCACAGCGGUGUUCAACACCUUCACGCCCGCCAUCAAAGAGUCUUGGCUCAACAGCCUGCAGAUGGCCAAGCUCGCCCUGGAGGAGGAGAACCACAUGGGCUGGUUCUGCGUGGAAGAUGACGGGAAUCAGAUCAAGAAGGAAAGACACCCUCUCCUCGUGGGACACAUGCCGGUGACGGUGGCCAAGCAGCAGGAGUUCAAGAUCGAGUGUGCGGCGUACAACCCGGAACCCUGCGCAAACAGCGAGGCUCAGCUCGAUCCCCUGGCCGCGGCGCACGGCUUCCUGUGGAUCGGAAGCUGCACCAACCAAAUGGGCCAGAUCGCCAUCAUCUCGUUUCAAAACUCCACGCCCAAGGUCAUUGAGUGCUUCAACGUGGAGUCUCGAAUCCUGUGCAUGGUGUUUGUCCCCACGGAGGAGCGGCCUGCGCAGCCCGAGGCCGCGGCCCAGGGGGCACUGGGCGUGCCCACCGUCUGCCUGGGGACUGAGGAGGGGAGCAUCUCCGUGUACAAGAGCAGCCAAGGCUCCAAGAAGGUGCGUCUGCAGCAUUUCUUCACGCCGGACAAGUCCACGGUCAUGAGCCUCGCCUGCACGCCCCAGAACCUGUAUGCCGGCCUGGUCAACGGCGCCGUGGCCGUCUAUACCAGGGCAGAAGAUGGAUCCUGGAAUUCCGACCCUCAGGAAGUGAUACAGUUAGGCGUCCUGCCAGUUAGGAGCCUCGUCAUGGCAGAGGACGCGCUCUGGGCGGCUUCCGGAGGCCUGGUGUUCACGAUCCGCACCGACACGCACACAAUAGAGAACCAGCUGGAGGCCCACCAGGAGGAGGGCAUGGUGGUCUCUCACAUGGUCAUCGCCGGCGUGGGGGUCUGGAUCGCCUUCACCUCUGGGUCCACGCUUCGCCUCUUCCACACGGAGACGCUCAAGCACCUGCAGGACGUCAACAUAGCCACCCCCGUUCACCACAUGCUGCCAGGGCACCAGCGCCUGUCGGUGACCAGCCUGCUCGUCUGCCACGGCCUGCUGAUGGUCGGCACCAGCUUGGGCGUCGUGGUGGCCCUGCCCGUCCCACGUCUGCAGGGCAUCCCCAAGGUGACUGGAAGAGGCAUGGUCUCCUACCACGCGCACAACGGGCCCGUCAAGUUCCUGGUCAUGGCCGCUGCCACCGUCAGGACAGACAAGGACAAGCCCACGGACAGCCCACCGCCCGGCGCAGAGGCCCCAGAGGAAGAGCAGGAGGCACCCCCCGGUGAGGGGCCCGGGCCAAGUCAGGGCGGUGCGGAUGGCAUCUGGCUGGGGGGCUCGUUGGGCUCCGGGACUCCCAGAAGCGAUUUCUCCUCGUCGUCCGGGUCCCUGACUGCCUCGCAGGGCUCCGGCUCCCUGGAGCCCCGAUCGGAGGAGAGUGUGGUCUACGACCUCCUGCGUCUCCCCAGCGUCCUGCCGAGCCGGGGGCGGCGGGCCAGGAGGGCGAAAGCCAGCUCCGUGCUGGUGGCCUGCGGGGGCCAGGGCCACCGGCGGGUGAGCAGGAAGGCCCGGCAGCAGCGCCCGGAGGAGCUGGCCUCCUCCGUCAUGGUCUGGCAGAUCCCCCUGCUGAGCGCCUGAGCCCCGGGCCUGCCGAGGGGGCGGCGUUCCGCCGGGUCGGUGACCAGGGCUGUAGACUGCGUCUGUGCUGGUUGAGGAGGAAGUAGGUGUUCGGGGGAGAAGCGUGCAAUAUCACGGUGGUGGGGUUUUCCGGCGAGCUAGUGCCCGCCCUCCAGGAGCAGCCGCAGGUGCGGAAUGAGAGGAGCCGCAUGGCCCGUGGGGGCCGUCGGCAGCUGCUGGGGAGCACCCCACACUCCUGACCGCCGCAGGCACGCGGGGCUCCCAACCCACCCCUGUGCCAUUACCCCGAGAAUUUAAUCUGUGGACUGAGAACGUCUGGCAAAACACACCCUGUUAGUAGUGGGGACCCUUAGUAACAAUUUUCAGAAUAAUGACUUUGCUUGGUUCCGAGUCCCGCUUCUAUUUAUACUGUCUGUAAACUCCCGCCCGGCGUGGGCAACCAUGAAGAAAGCCUGAACACACCCUGGUCUGCGGCACUGGUUUGCUUUCUGAGGUGAACUGGGUUUUCCAAAGUGGUGUCCUGUGUGUAUUGUAUAUUUUAACAAAGUAGUAUUUUUAUAUUGCAUUUUUGUCAAUUAAAAAUUAACAGUCAA